AUAUAAAUACCGGCUAAAUUCUACAGCGCUAUUUCCACGAGAAACUAGACCACAAUGGGCCGCAAGAAGAUCCAGAUCAAGCGCAUUGAGGACGAUCGCAAUCGCCAAGUGACUUUUGCCAAGCGCAAGAAUGGCAUCUUCAAGAAGGCCAUGGAGCUGUCCAAGCUCUGCGACUGCGAGAUCGCGCUCAUCGUGUUCGACUCGAACGAGAAGCUCUAUCAGUACUCAAGCACCAGUGUGGACCAGAUCUUGCUCAAGUACACCGAGUACGGCGAGCCCUACGAGACCAAGGACAACAACGACUAUGAAAUUAUGUUCGGAGAGAAGAAGAAACAGUUGCAACAAGCAGCCAAGGAGGCAGCAGCGGCAGCAGCAGCUGGAGCCAAUGCUGAAGCAGCCAACUUCAAUAUGGGCCACGGAUCGACUUCAAACGGAGCUGCGGUGCAGUCGUAUCAGACCAUGCACGGAGGCAUGAACGGUGCAUCAUUAGGACUCACCAAUGAUCCUGACCAAUACAUGCUCAACUCGCGCAGUCGACCUCCGACUCAGAAGAAGCGAGUGCAUCGCGGUUUCCAGCAACUUCUCAAGAAGGAGCACGGUGGUUACGUUCCUCCGUCGCUUCCUUUGUAUCAACACGGGAUGGGAAUGAUGGGAGGGCUCUCAGGUCACCACAUGCUAGGACCACUACCCAGUCCGCCCAACCUCUCGGGUAUUCUCCCGUCUCCAACAACCGGCAUGCUCAUUCACGAUUUCAGCCCCCAAAAUGCCGGUCUCUUUGGUCACCACCCGAUGCUCAGUGGAGGCAUGACGGGAGACUUCCAUGACAACAAGAGCAGUGUGCUAGGUCUCAAUUUAGUUCCAUCGGAUUUCAAUCACGGUGGAGCCGGCAGUGUUCACCCGCAGCAACUCCAGCAGUCGAAGGAGCAAUACUACGCUCACAGUAAGCAGACUGACUCGCCAGAGAAGUCCUUGGGUGAUCGUCCAGGCUCUCCUGAGGCGUCUGGAGACAAACCCUCCGACGAAGUUGUGUGCAAAGUAGAAAAGCCUACGGAGAAGGAGCAGUCACGGCAAGACGACGAGUCCAAUAAUGAAGAUUCACAGUCUGCUAAGGAGAAUGAGACGACUGACAAGGCUAAAAGUCUGUCACCGAAGCGUGAACCAAAAGAGGUGAACCGCGAUGACUCCCACGCUCGCUCCAAUCCGUCCAAGGCUGACGACGUCCUUGAUGCGUCUCCAACAAAGGCUCCGACGUCAGAGUCACGAGCGGCAAGUAGCACCUCGGAAUCGAAAGCGUCCAGCAGCUCUGACACAGAGAAGCGCCCACGUUCAGAAGUGCGAGGAUCAGCGUCGACAAGUCCACACAAGCGUCAACGUGUGGCUGUUUGAAUUUUUUUAGUAGUAACGCAGCUUUGCAGCGUAUACCUUGAAAUACUAGUU